GCCUCGGUUGUGGCGGCCGUGUCUCCGCUCGGUUGCGCGGCGCUGYGCACGGGCCGCUCUUCAGCGACGCUCCCUGGCGGAGGGGAGCGGUGAGGCCGGGCUGGGAUGGCGGGGCCGGGACCCCGGGACUGAGCAGCGGCGGCGGCCGGGAGCGAGCUGGGCCUGGCGGACAGAAGACAGGAUGUUCCAGUCCAUGAUGUCUGUGAUGACAUUCUCUGUGUCUGACAACGUCACACAYUCAACUGCCCUGGUGACAGCCCUGGAUAAUGUGACAACUCUCUCCCCGAUGACAACGCAGGUGAUCAACGACACGAACAUUACAGUGCCACACAAGUGCCUGUUGUUGCUYUAUGAGGACAUUGGCAAGUCCAGGGUCCGCUACUGGGAUCUUCUGCUCCUGGUUCCAAAUGUGCUUUUCUUUAUGUUUCUUCUCUGGAAGCUGCCCUCUGCCAGGGCCAAAAUCCGGGUCACUUCCAGCCCAAUCUUCACUACAUUCUACAUACUAGUAUUUGUGGUGGCUUUAGUUGGCAUUGCCCGUGCUGUUGUCUCCAUGACUGUGAGYGCCUCUGAUGCUGCCAUGGUUGCUGACAAGAUCCUGUGGGAGAUCACAAGGUUCUUCCUUCUGGCAAUUGAACUGAGUGUGGUGAUUCUAGGCCUUGCCUUUGGUCACCUGGAGAGCAAGUCGAGCGUGAAACGUGUGCUGGCAAUCACCACUGUGCUGUCACUGGCAUAUUCUGUCACCCAGGGCACCCUGGAAAUUCUGUACCCUGAUGCCCACCUCUCAGCAGAAGACUUCAAUAUCUAUGGMCAUGGAGGGAGACACUUUUGGCUUGCCAGCUCCUGUUUCUUUUUUCUGGUCUAUUCCUUGGUGGUGAUUCUUCCGAAAACUCCUCUGAAAGACCGGAUUUCUUUGCCCUCCAGGAAGAGUUUUUAUGUUUAUGCUGGCAUCCUGGCACUGCUGAACCUGUUGCAGGGCCUGGGCAGUGCCCUCCUCUGUGUGGAUAUCAUAGAAGGACUGUGCUGUGUUGAUGYUACCACGUUCCUUUACUUCAGCUUCUUUGCUCCUCUCAUCUAUGUGGCAUUCCUGAAAGGCUUCUUUGGGUCUGAACCGAAGAUCCUUUUCUCCUACAAAUGUCAGGUGGAYGAACCUGAGGAUGUGGAUGUGCACCUACCCCACCCUUAUGCUGUUGCCAAGAAGGAAGGAAUGGAUUCUGGRUUCUACUCGAGCACUCAGAUUGACACUGCAGCCUACCUGGAUGACGUGGCCUCUAUGCCCUACCACGUGGGCAGCAUCAACAGCAUAGACAGUGACCGCUGGAAAUCCAUCAACGCCUGAGGCAGGGCACCUGAACCACAUGAUGCUUCAUGCCUUUCCUUCCAAACUCCCUGAUACCACAGCUGUUAGGAUGUCCACUGGAAAUCUGUCCUUGGCUACCUGCCAUGGCUUUCUUCUUGUCCUUAGGAUUUCCAAAACCUCUCGUGGAACUAAGUUGGCAGCACAAACCCUUUGGAAAGAACACUCUCUGUUUCUACCUGAGAACAAUAUAGAGCAGUUUUGUUCAUAAAUGUUUAAACACUGAACUUUCCUGAUGCUCCACAUUCCAGAUGUGAAUACGACCCAGAAGAUAGCCCUGUUUGGCACCUCUUCCUUUUCAGUGACUGAAAGCACUUGUCUGCCACUUAGGGGAAUGAUUUAGGUAYGAGGGUGCUGAUUUGACUGCUGUAUUGUACAUAUAUAGAAAGAUUUUGGUGGUUGAAACCAAAGAUGGUCUUCCUGGGCUUUUUCAAGCAGCAUGGCUGCCUGCAUCUUGCCAUAAUGCAAUAGCACCGGUGGUGAUAGUGUCUGAAGAGGGAAGCUGGUCACUGGGGCUCACUCCUGGUUUCAGCUAACACUGGUGAAAAUUGUGAAUUGGAGUUGCUAAUGGUUAAAUGAGUGUUCUGAGUGUGUGGGGAAAAAGAGCUGUGAGAAGGAAUGAACUGUUCUCUGUGCCCAGGAAACAUUUGGGGAAGGCUGGUAGCUCACAGCAUGGAUGUGAAGUGACUGAACAGUAGGGAGACAGAAGGACAGACUCUGCUGCUGUCUAGCUGAGCUGAAGGAGCUGUGAGCCAGUCUGUGGAGGCUGUAUUGCUGUGCAUUUGAGCUCACAGGAAAAGCUCAGUAACAACACUGAAUCAGSGCUGAGUUUUGAGAGUAAAACCUAUGAAGGAGGUGCAUUUUCCAUCUGCACCCUGCUUCAUGGCUUUGGCAGGGGCUCGGAGAGUGCUGUGAAUGAGGAAGAUAACUCUGCAGAUGAAGGCUCUGGAGACAUUCAGGUGCUUGAGGCAGAGCAGAARCCUAUGAUGAGUCCGAGCUGUCAGAAUUUAGUGUCUGGAAACUCAAACACCUUAGUGGUGCUGGAAUCAAGCUGGCUGGUGUGCUGCAGUGGGAUGGAUGUGUAUCUCUGGCAGUGUUCUUGUGUUACGUUGCAGUUCAGAUCCCCAGACUGCUGCUGGUGUGAGUAAGUUUUAAGGCUCAAUAUGUUGAAAAUACUUCCGUGCAUGUAGAGAGUGGUCCUGUUAUAGACUAUCUAGAGCUUCCUAUUAACCUCUUCCAUGCUGGAAAAUGGACUACUGUUGUCUGAGCUGUCUGGCAUGCAGUUUCAAGACAUGGUGCUCCAAUCCAGGGACUGUUCAUAUAAAGGCUGCAUCAGUCUGUUUUCUGGGAUAUCCUGUGCUUUCCAAGGAUGAAGAUGUGUAUUUCUGUAGCUUUGGGGGUGCUUUCAUACCUGAGUCCUCCAGGUAGGUGGAGAUCUGGUAUAAUCAACUUUACACUAAGAGUGGUAGAAAGAGGGAAUUUGCAAUGUUUAGGAACUGUGGGAAUCUCUUGCCCCAACUUACUGCUGUUCCUGAAGAAUGUUGAGGUAAGAGUUUCUGGGAAAUUGUCAUGCAGGGUGCAAUGUGGAGGUGUUAAAUUGGAUCAUUAGCAGGUAGAGGAAAGCAUUUGUUUACCAGGUGUUCCCACCACAGGGAAAGAAAACAUGGGUAAGAACAUGAAGUUCAUAUCGAUUGCCAAAACUAUGCAGGCCUUUGCUUAUCUUUUUUUUGUUAAUGAGCAAUGCAGCUUCUCUCUCUUCCUGGGGACUUUGCCCUGCAGGUCUGUAAGUAGCACUGGCACCUUGAAAACAAACAAUGCCCCUACUGACACCCUCCCCCCCUUCUUUUUUCUUUUAAAAUUUACUUUUUGGGAAAAAAGGCUUCCAGCUGUCUGUGUGUGAGAACUGAGUAGUUUCUUGUGGGUCACAGCUUUUCACAUUUCUACUUCAUGCUAUGGUUGCAAGGGCUGUACAAGCAGCUGGCCAAGUCAACCCUUGCCAUGUUASAGAAGUGUUCCAUUCUCCUCUGUCACUGUUGUCAGCCUGAGCCAYGCUGGAUUGCUUGCUGUAAAAGGGAUGGAUGAUGUGGUGCCUGAAAUAUUGUGCUGCUGCUGCUCCUGAUACUGCUUACAACACUGAUCUCGAGCUGCUGCUGAUUAGAAAGGCUGGGGGAACCUGCAAAGCUUCCCUGAGCCUUGGACAGAGUCAAGAGAGAUKAAGAUUUCAAAGCAGUUAAGAAUUARAGGAGCGACUGCUUUUCCAUCCCAUGGAGUAUUUGUUGGCUUUCAACAUCCUGACUGAAAGGACUUAUCUGCCCUCCUUGGUGAUGRGAAKAGCCUGUUAUGAAUUUAUGUUUUUACCAUCUGAAUUCAGCACUGAAGGAUCACCUGUGCAGGUUGUUGACACAUCCAUCCUGUCCUUUGCUCACAGGACUCCAGUAUUUCUGGAGUGUCCCAGGUUCUGCUGCUGAGGAGCUUCUGCACUAGGUCAUGGACUGACCUUCUUUCUGUUGUAUAUUUAUGUGUAUAUAAUGCUUUGGGCCAUCUUUGAAGUGGUUCUUGAGCAGGAGUGUGUUAUGUGUGGGGGGGUGGUAAAAAGAGAGAAAAUACAAAUGUAUAUUUUUGUUUGUAAAAUAAAUAAAAUUAAGUUUGGCAUA